AUGCUGACACUGGGACCGUCAGAUGCAUCUAUCCUGCGCCUGGUGCUGGAAACGACACACAUCGCCGUAACGGCCGCCGCUCUACAUGCAAAACCACUGAUGCUCGCCGUCGUCCUUGCUUUCGAGUUGAAUUUGCCUAUCCGAAAGGAAGUGAACGUAGAGCGCAGUGAGCAAAUCUAUUCUGCUCAAGCAUUCGCGGCAACUCGUUUUGGAUCCACCAAGCUCAAGACCUACCAGUCGUCACAGUGUGGAGAAAAUGGCUACGGGCAUCAUCCUUUCACAAUGCCAUCAAUUUAUGCUUAUUUGAGGCUGCUUGUGUUCCUAAAUGCGAUUGCUUGCGCAUCAAUGAUGCAAGUCACGGAAGAAGAUUCUGACACACAAAAGAGUGAAGAAUACUCUGAUGAGGAAAAGAAGCGACUUCUGGAGGACGCUCAAGGUGACCGUGCAAGUAGCGGGUUCGUUGAUGAUGACGAGCUUAGCGACCGUUAG